GUGCCGUUCGUGCAGUCUGUUCGUUCUGGUGAUCAUUUUCGCCGCUUCUGUGCACUUGUGUUGUGUGUAAAACUAACACUGAAAACCAGAAACUACAAUCGUAAAAGAUUAAGUAAAAUAUGAACGGUGCACUGUUUGGGUCGAAUUCGAAACCACGAUUUGUUCGAUCAACCAUGGUCUCGCAGUAAACAACACUGGAAACACCCUUGCUCAAGUGUCAAGGCAGGCAGAAUCGCUCUCUACAAUCGCUGCAGCUGUUUCUGUAUUGUAUCUGAUGUGGGUGUAGAAGCAAAAGGUCAUUUUCGCUCAGUCUUUUUUUAAUCCUGGCCAUCUUCUAAACAACGAGCCAUCGCGCUUGUGGAGCGCUAGCCCCCUCGGCUUCGAUCACGGUCAGUUCGGAAAAAGAAGUGCGAUGCACUGGCGAAAGAUCCAAUCAGUGGAACCACCGCCGCCACAACAACGCCAGAUUCGAUAAGGUGUGCUGCGCGAUCUCUUCUGAUCGAAAAGUUUUCCUCACUAUAAUUUUCUGGCUGGAACAAAACCGAUUCCCACAAUGCAAGGGCCGGAAGCUCUUCACUUGGCCGACGCUCUGGACGAUAAUCCGCAGACGCGGUCCCUUGUCAACCUUUUUGAGCAAGAUGCGCACCAGCUACACAAGUAUGUGAAGGUGAUGUACGAGCAUGCCAACCGAAUUUGGAAUGCUGAGAGGGAACUUGCAGAUGCCACAACGAGUCUGGCUCACCACGUUAGACAGUAUGAUACACAGGACUUUCCUCUGGACAUGGAUCCUGAGAGCAUCUUGAGAACAACCCUCAAACAGCUUUCCAACACUCUGCAGGAGAUGAGUUCGUGGCAUCACAUGUGCAGUGCCCAGAUUGGAGACAGCAUGGUGUACCCAUUGUCGAGAUUCAUAGAAUCGGACCUCCACGAGAUCUUCAAACUUCAAGAGCAGUACAGCAAUGCCGCUGCUGAGAAAGAGCAGGCGCUGAGCAGGUACUGCAGGCAGUCCCGUAAACGCGACACCGACCGACAGAAGUUGGACAUCAGCGAGGAGGUCUACCUCGCCAACAAGAAGUUCCAUACGCUCUCGCUCAAGUUCUAUGCCUACCUGAAUGCGCUGCAGUACCGGCGCAAGAUUGCGCUGAUCGAGCCCCUGCUGGGCUACGUGCACUCAAUGAAGUCCUUCUUCGGCAUCGCCUACGAGACCAUGCACUCGGCCGACCAGGACGACUUCCUCGCAAACAUCGGCACCAGCGUUGGAGAGGUGCAGAGGGAGCUGGACACGAUGGUGCAGAGUGCGGCCAAGGAGACGGAAGCCCUAUCCCAGCAGAGCGAGGCAUCCUACUUUGCCGAGCUGCCCCCGGACACGGGCCAGGCAGUGCCCAACACGAGCCUCUCUCAAAAAGCGGGCUUCCUCUUCCACCGCACCAAGAUUGCGGGCAUGGUGAACAAGUGGGAUCGUACCUACUUCUACACCUUGGGCUGCCACCUCAUGCAGAUACCGAAGGGAGAGAGCGUGGGCAGUGCAGUGAUGGACUUGGAUCGUAUGGUGGCUGCCCAAGCGCUCGAAGAGGAUCGUCGCAACGUCUUUCAGAUAACCAAUGGCAAGAAGGUCGUAGUUUUGCAAGCGCUCAACGAGAAGGAUCGAGACGAGUGGAUCGCGACUAUCCACAACAUUGCCACAGAGUCGCUGGCGUCUUCCAGGUCUCACUCCAUUCCCAAAGAAGGCACUACACCGGCAAGGACCGAACGAACUCAGUCUCUGCCCAAUGCUGCACCUGCUGCAAAGAGUGCCCAAUCGCACCAUCAUCAAAAGGCCGCCGCUUCCCCGGCCCCUCGUCCAGUGGGCAGCCAAGAGCUGAACCCGUACCUGGCUAACACCCCGAUCCAGUUCGACAUGUUCUCUCCCUCGGAAGACAGGUCCACCUCGGGUCACUCCCCGAAAGAUACACCGGCCGUGCGCAUCAACCCCUUUGACCAGUGCGGUUCCUCUAUCACUAUGGAGUCUGCCAAGGAUUCCUCAUGCUCCUUCUGGGAGGUGUUCACCGUGCGCUUCCUAGGGUCCAUGCAGGUCCCCAGUGACAGAGGCGAUCAGCUGGUGUGCGAGACCAUGCGGCACAUUCUCGCCGCCCGCAUGGCCCACAACGUGUUCAAGAUGACCGAGUCGCACAUGGUGGUUACCCAAAAGGAACUCAGAAUCAUGGACCCAUCGCACCAGGCGGUCAGGGCCGUUUUUCCCCUGGCUGACGUCUCUUUCUGGACGAUACACAAGGAGAACAACAGGCUCCUAGGGUUCAUCACAAUGAGUGCCUCGGGUGACGGUCCCCGCACCUACCGAUGCCACGUGUUCGAGGCGCACACUUCUGCCGAGGAGAUUUGCAGUGCUUUGUCAAUAGCAGCUAACAUAGCUCUCAAGGCUCUGAUGGAACACCAGCAGCCGUCACAAAAGGAGGAAAAGGAGGAAGAUCUGCUGAGCAAGCUGAAAUUGUCAGAGCACGAGAACGCACUGUUCCCGCCCACCUCGACGAAGCAAGAGGGUGGAGACACUCCGCAGGCGGGGGACGACUCCAAGGGGAACGCUUGAUGUUCGCACCUUUGAGACUUUUGUGCAAAAGGAAACAUGCAAAGAUCUUUCAAGCAGCAUGCUGAUCUCCAGCAGUGAUCAUACAGCAAGGGUAGCAGCUACAAUGCCACUCUUGACAACUCUGCAUGAGCAAAACAGGCUGGGAUUCAGCAUUUUGGCACAGCUUGUGCCAACGUCGUUCUCGGACAACGGCGACGCAAUCUUUUCCCACGCAGUGGUGUCUCGGUAAAGAAAGCGGCACUUUUUGCAACAGGCCUUAGCUUGUCGUCUUUUCUUUUACCUUUUCUCUGUAUUUAGAACCUCGUAUUUCUAGGCAUAUUUUUUUUUUCCUUUCUAAAGUUGGGUAGUUGCUGCCAGUGCUCCCCUGGCUUGUUACAUUACAUUCCUAUUUUUUUUCUGUGAUCCUUAGGUCUCGUUUUUGAAUUAGUAGAGACAUUUUUGUUUGAAGUGCAUUGUUGUCUGAAAGUCACAUGAUAUGCGUGUGCUGGGAGUGGACGUUGUUACCGUGACUCAAUUUCCCAACCAGGAAAGAUUGUCUGCACUUUGAAUUCGGUUGUUUUGGGCAAAAUUUCUUCAGCUGCAUUACUGACUAAGUCUAUGCCAUUAUUUCACAAAGGUGCCAUAAGGAAAUAGUCACCAUGAAGGGGUGGAUGGAUGUACAGAGGCUGAACGUUUCUGGGUGGUGAUUUGCACCAGUAGGCCACUAUUUUGCUUUUUCUUUUUUUUUCUGAAUUGACACACAUUUUUUUUUCUUUUCUUUUUGUAAUUUAGGAGAGUUGCAUUUGUUGCAUUUCUGCUCACUUUUUGCAGUGUGCUGGGAAAACCAGGUUAUUGUAAUUGGAACUUACUCUAAGUACUGGUAACAUCAAAUGUUAUUUUUUGUUGUCUCUUGCAUUGUCACCCUAAGCAGAACCACCAGUUUUUCUAAAUUAAUUUUUGUAGCUACUAGUCAUGAUUAGUACAAGAUGAAGGUAAUUAUAUGGAGUUGGGCUCGGUAAGGCUGUUUUGUGUACUUGUGUAAUUUAGGAGCUGUAUCGAGCCGUGCGAGCCAUCUCAUCUAAUGCAAGCAAGCCGUGGUUGUGUUGCUGUCGAGUGGAGAUGACAAACAUUCUGGCAAACAACGUCUUGUCAAAAUAAGACCCCUUUCUCGCGGUAUUUGGUUGAACAGUUUAGAAAUGGCACUCUUUUUUUUUUUGUGAAUGGUGUUGCAACCUAGGCAUUUGGCUCUUUGAAAAGAAGGUAACUGCUGGCUUAGCAAUAUGUGUUUAAGGCGAGCACAACGGUUGCGUUACUGCUUCAGUUUAGUCUGCGGUCAUGUUCAUGCCUCUUGGAUUGGUUUGAGCGAUAUGCUGGAGAGAUAAUAAAAACGGUCAACUGUUUACCUUUGGCAGUGUGAGCAGUGAACAAAGUGAGCAUUCCCACCGUGUGCAGGCAAAAACAGGGCCUUUUGCUAAUACGUCGCUUGAUAAAAACUGCCGUUCAACAAUGCGACCGCUUUUCGCUCAAAUGUCGUUUGACGGGAUGGCGAUCACCAUCGUAACGUGAACCCGUCAAGUGGUGCAUUUCUCGGGUGCUUCCUUCAGUUUCCCAAUUUCGUGUUACUGUGAGUUUCUCUAAUAAAAUAAUUUUUUAACCGAGGUA